UUGAUAUUUUCUGCCUGUAGUCGUGUUACUGCAGUUAAGGAUCAAGGACAUUGUGGCUCUUGUUGGGCCUUCUCUGCAAUAGGUGCCAUUGAGGGUCAAUAUCAACGUGCAUCAGGCAAACUUGUUAGUCUCUCGGAACAACAGUUGGUUGAUUGCAGUUUCGAUUUUGGAAAUGAGGGAUGCAACGGUGGUCUCAUGGACAACGCCUUCAGAUAUGUCAAAAAAGCUGGUGGCGUAGAUACUGAAAAGGACUAUCCCUACGUGUCAGGAGUGACUCAGGAACCCAAUGACAAUUGUUCUUUCAAUGCUGCAGGUGCUGUUGCCAAAGUCACCGGUUUGGUUGAUAUCCCGUCAGGAAAGGAGGAGCUUUUGAAGGAGGCCCUUGCAUAUAAUGGACCAAUUUCGGUGGCCAUUAAUGCUGGUCCCCUCUCCUUCAUGAUGUACCAUGAGGGAAUCUACGAUGAUCCUGAUUGCCGCGGUGGCUCUGAAAGUCUCAACCAUGGUGUUCUCUUGGUCGGCUACGGUCAUGAGAAUGGUAUUCCCUACUGGCUGAUAAAGAAUAGCUGGGGAACUGGCUGGGGAGAAAAUGGAUAUGUUCGCAUUAAGAGGGGUGGCAAUCUAUGCGGCGUCGAAACAGCAGCUUCUUAUCCAAUGAUAUAA